AUUGUCUUGACAGAAGUAACGAUCAGUUGAUACUUUCCUGUCCAAGGGAAGCAUGCCCUUCAUAAUUUAUCUUUAAAAAUCGACCUCAUUAACUGAAAGAAAAUGUGUAAAAGUUUACAAAAAUUUAUGAUUGUGAUUUGCAUUGGAGUUUCAGCAUACGCGCAGGAAGUGAGUCCACUGCAGAAUGCAUCGCUGGCCGACGGGCGCCUGGUGCUGGCUAGUGUGGACAGCGUGGGGGCCGAGCAGCUCGCCAGCUGGGUCGCCAUGGCGCGGGACGGGGGGGUCGUGUUUGAGCUCUACACUAGGAAAAACCCUCAACUAUUCGAAGUCAUAACACCUAAUAAGGACCCGAAGCACUUCAACCCCGACGCACCGACAUACGUGGUGGUCCACGGGUGGACCGUGCGCGACCACGCUCUGUACAGGAUCAAGGACAACUACCUGAGGACUGGGGACGUGAACGUCAUCAUGGUGGACUGGACUAGGUACUCGGUGGACCUGUACCCCAAGUCCGCGGCGAGCACCAAGUAUGUUGGGGAGCGGAUAGGCGAGCUGCUCCUGAGCCUCAUCUCCCGGCACCCGUCAAUGCCUGGUGCCAGCCUCCGCCUGGUGGGGCACAGCCUCGGCGCGCACGUGAGCGGGCGCGCCGGCCGCUACCUGAAGCAGAGGAACCACACUGUUUCACGCAUCACUGCUCUCGACCCAGCCGGUCCACUAUUCGAGGUGCCUCCCCUCCUCCCCGGCCUCAACCCCUCCGACGCCUCGUUCGUGCUGGCGGUCCACACGGACGGAGGCGCCUUCGGGCUGGUGCGGCCGCGGGGGCACGCCGACUUCUACGUGAACGGGGGCGGGCCUGUGCAGCCGGGGUGCGGGGGCUACGACCUUAUUGGAACAUCUUGUUCCCACUUCCGUUCGUCCUACUACUUCGCGGAAUCGAUCCUGCACGGAGGGUUCACGGCGGUGCAGUGCAGCUCCCUGGCUGACUUCCUGACGGAGAGGUGCCGCGGCGGUGACCGCCAGCGCAUGGGCGACCGCACCAGCGACCGCGCCAGGGGACUGUACUUCCUGCGCACUAAUAUGUUGCCACCCUACUCGAGAGGGUAACAAGGUUUUAAGCUGCGUUUGAAGAUAAAAAUUAUAAAUCUACAGAGAA